UUUUUUUUUCAAAACCGUUUCACUCUUCAAACAAACAAGUAAAAAGCUCUGCCAUCAUGUGUCGAAAGGCCGUUUGCAGCACUUGCAACAAAGCAACUUGGUGGGGUUGCGGCAGCCACAUCCCGGGUGUGCUGGACUCGAUCCCCGAGGAGGACCGAUGCGUUUGUGAGCCCAAGGUUGAGCGCGACGGCAAGCAGUAUCCCCCCAUGGCCAAGUCUCCCAACUGACUCGUUGGAUGGCUUGCGGGUGCGGUGUUGCGGCUGAGGGGGAAGAAACCAGGGUGGUCGGCGGAAGGGGUCGUUGAGGAGGAUUUGGAUGGCGUUGGGCGCGGGCAUGAAGGUGGGAG